AUGGCAGCUCGAGACGCUCUUGUGCAUUCGGAAUCUAUAUUAACUCAAAUCCUAACCACUGUACUCGCCCAUUCGCCCAACUUGAGAAUCCCCCUCUUGGCCGAAUGCGGACGGCCAUUUCACAAUGCGGCGGCCAACGUUUUGUUCAAGACGUUCCUGCUCUCCGACUCUGACGAAGCUUCAAACCCAGUUGUUCGGAAUCCUGCGAGGUAUGCGUCGAGGAUUAAGACACUUGUAGUUGUAGAUCCACCCCGAAAAGACCAAGAAAGCACACUGUUUGAGUUGGACGAGACUGGAGAGGAGGAUGAAGAUGAAGAGGUAUCCGGUAUCAGACCGCUUUCCGGAGGACGAAUCAGAGAUGUACUAGAGAAAUGCAACAACCUGGAAGAAUUAAUAUUCUCAACGCAUACCCCGCAUCUUAAACGAUUCGCAUUUGCACCGACCAGUGCACCUCGAGACAAUACGCUCCCGCUCAAAUGGGAUGCUCCCUCGCUUUCGGUCUUGCCCCCUCUUGCGCAUUUACGUCUGACGAGGCUGUCGCAGUCCGGAGCGAGCGCCCUGGCGUCUCAUCCGCCCGAAGUCCAGCACCUCGAGCUGGAUUUCGUAUGGCUGGACGAUUGGGUGUGCGAACGGCUGGCGAGGAUGCCCCGGGUGAAACGGAUGACGAUCAGUACGGGCGGUACUAAACUGACGGACCGGGGCGUGAGUGCUCUUGUCGAAGGGUGUGAGACGUUGGAGGUAUUGGAGCUUGUCGAGGUGCAAGGGAGGUUGUCCAAGUCUCUUUGGUCCAAUGUCGAACUUUUGCCCAUGCUGCAUACACUGAAAAUCGCGCUUUCGGAGAGCGGACCGCAUCAUUCUUGGACGGCGGACCAUUUGUUGUCGUUGCCUUGCCUUGUCGGGCUCAACCAGCUCACGACCAUCUCGAUCACGAGGACGUACAACGGGUAUGGCCCAGUCGACGAUGUCGCGCUUCCCAAGCCCGUUCCGAGGGAGGUGGUCGAGGCAUUUGCGUCGUGCGACAAAGUCAAGCACCUUGAAUGCGAUUGGUGGGCUUGGGGAAUCGACGAAUUAAAGGAACUCGUCGAGGGAUGUACUCUGCGUAUAACUCUGGACGCGCCGUUUGCGCGACUGCUCUCGCUCACGUCUUCGUUCGCGCACCUUGCACAUCUGACGCGUCUGUACGUCUCGGUUCCGUCGACCCAUGCGCCGUCUGCACCACCUUCGCCCGUGUUGCAAACGCCGGGGGUGUCUCCGCUCGGGUUUGUGAAUGGGUACGGAAUUGGGGUUGGAAUGGGCGUAGGGCCUGGGGGUAUCAUGAUUGGUUCUCCAACAAGUUCGCCCCUGUCGCUGACGCGAUCUCUCAAGAGUCCCGCCAAACUCGUGCUUCCGGUCCCUUUGCCCGAGAGCGAGAGUCUGGCGACGAGUCCGGUGGUGGGUGCGGGCAACACAAACGAGGUCAUCAUCGACAGCUCGACGGUGGAUACGGUCGUUCCUCCUCUGAGAGAUGUACGCAAGUUCAUGAGGCGGUGUCCGAAAUUGGUAUUGCUAGAGUGGUUUGGCCGAACGGGUCGAGGGGCGUGGGUUGCGCACCGAGAGGACGCCAAGAGCGUUGCGGGCAUCAAGGUUGAAUACCAAGGGUGUUGCGCCAUGGACGAGAGUGUGUUGAAUGUUGCGUGGACGAGAUCAUUCCUGGGCACUGUUCCGCGCCAAGAUGCAGAGUGGACCGGGCCCGAGGCCGAAGCUGCCGCCGAGGCGGUUAGGGAAUACGAGACCGAGCGGGACGGAGAGAUUGAGAGGGAGAAGGAGGCGAAGCGUAAGCUGGCUGCGGCGGGCCGGAAGCGCGGUGCGACGGUAUCGAGCGGGGUGGUGGUGGUUCCUGAGACGUAUGGAGUAUUGGGAAACGGGAAACCUCGGAGGCGGCAGAGUAGCGCGAGCGAAGGGUUGGGAAAGCCCAAGGCAAGAGAUGAUUGUGCCGUCAGGGGCCGUUUGCGUUUGCGUUCCUACUCUCCGUCGUCCACACGACAUCCACUCUUUAUGUCUCACGCAGUGUACUCAUCGCCUGGUGAGGCACAGAGCUCUGUGCCUAUACCGACAACCCGACCACCGCCGAACCGGGCCCCGACGCGGACUGGGCCGUCGCUGAAGCGCGGAAAGACACUCACGCGCCCGGAGCGUGGAGUAGCGCCCGCACCGCUUAUCAACCCACCAGCACCGUUGCUGCCUGCUCCCGGAGCGCAAAAAGUGGUUGUAACCGACGACGGCCUGGAUGUGUGGGUCAUCUUUUCCCGCACCGUCACCUUUUGGGCACCGGGCUUUCUGCUGGCAUCCAUGGGAGGCAUGAAGGAUCCGGCUGUCCAGCAGGCAUGGCGAGAAAAAGUUGCCUUGUGCAUCAUUGCCGCUAUCAUGGGCGGUGUCGUUGGCUUUGCGACGAUCGGGCUCGAGCGGGUGUUGUGUCCCGAGUCGGCGGUGAUCAAGCCUGGUGAACUGGCGCGAGUGGGCACGCAGACAGGCACACUCGGAGUCGCUGGCCAACUCGUCAACAUUUCAGGUGCUGUUUCUCCCGCCGGAGUCGACUUUUUCAGGCUCGCAGACCAGCUCUCGGGCCAGGACAUUACCACUCUCUUUACCCGCACCGCAAACGAAUACACCAACUGCCGUGGCGCAACCUUUGCCGCCGCCACAGACAAUCCGUGCCCUACUCCUGCCACAUGCCCCAUAGGAGUCUUGAACCAGCAAACGUUCCAGUCUCUCAGAAUCACCAAUACUUCCCUCCAGGUCGGCUACGACUGGGAGCAUGUCACUUCCCUCACCAACUUCCUUGUCAUCGACGGCGCAGUUCUCAACUUCAAGCCGUAUAUGGACGCACACCCCAACGCCAUCCAAAACGACUCGAUCGACAAGGCUAUCCGUACCGUCCUUCGUGUGAGGCCAGGAAACUCGGGCAAGGACGCAACCCGUCUCUUUACCAAUCGCGCAGACCUCCAAGCCGCUAUUCCCUGUCUUACCGAACGCUACUAUGCCGGUCGCAUCGACAAGCUUUCGCCUGGAUGCUUUGUCUCUUCGCUUUUCCUAUACAUUUCCCUCAUCGUCAUCAUGUCCAUUGUCCUCGUUCGCUUUGCCAUGGCUUGUAUUUUCAACUGGUUCCUCUCUGCCCGCAUGGCUGCCACUCCCAAAAAUCUCGGUCGAACGGUCGUCAGUCCUGCCGUCAUGCCUGAAGGCGCAAAUCUCGCAGUUGACAGCAAAAACGGCACUGCACCCUGGUCUGACAAGUCUCGCAACAAAUUAACCAAGAAGACUUCCAGCGGUCGCACCAGUCCCUCCCCCGGUGUUCCAGGUGCCGCACCGCUCAUUACCGCCGCCCAAAUUGGUGCCGAGCUCUAUUCCGUCUGUUUGGUCACUUGUUACUCAGAGGGCGAAAGUUCGCUCCGCACCACCCUCGACUCGAUCAGCGCCACCAAUUUCUCGGACGAUCGCAAAUUGUUGUUUGUCAUUGCUGAUGGCAUGGUCACUGGUGCAGGUGAAAAGAUGAGCACGCCCGAUGUCUGUGUCAGUUUGCUCGAGGCCGAUCCCAGGUUCGGGAACCCAGUUCCUAUGGGAUACGAUGCGAUCGGAAGUGGUGCGAAAAAGGCGAAUCGCGCGAUGGUUUAUGCUGGUCAUUAUACCAAAGCCGGUCGUCGCACGCCUACUGUGAUUGUGGUCAAGUGUGGAACCGAGUCCGAGGCCGCGUCAGACAAGAAGCCCGGCAACCGAGGCAAACGCGACAGUCAACUUAUCCUCAUGAACUUUUUCUCGCGCGUGACGUACAAUGAUCGAAUGACGCCGCUUGAUUUCGAUCUGUUCAGAAAGAUUCAUGUGUUGAUGGGUGUUACUCCCGAUUUCUUUGAAGUUUGUCUGAUGGUGGACGCAGAUACCAAGGUGUUCCCCGACUCGCUCAAGCAACUCGUCAACUGUAUGCACCACGACAACUAUAUCAUGGGUGUCUGCGGCGAGACUCGUAUUGCCAACAAGCGCGAAUCCUGGGUGACGGCCAUUCAAGUCUACGAAUACUUUAUUUCCCAUCACUUGGCCAAGGCCUUUGAAUCGGUAUUCGGUGGUGUAACUUGUUUGCCCGGAUGUUUCUCGCUCUACCGACUCAAGGCACGCAAGGCCGACGACGACGACUGGGUCCCGCUCCUCGUCAAACCCGAAAUCGUGCGCGAAUACAGCCAGAGCGAAGUCCACACCUUGCACCAAAAGAAUCUGCUCUUGCUCGGUGAAGAUCGGUUCUUGACGACGAUCCUCAUCCGCACGUUCCCGAACCGCAAGAUGAUGUUUUGUCCGCAAGCACGCUGCCGCACCGUUGUACCCGACACAUUCAAGAUGUUACUCUCCCAGCGCCGCCGAUGGAUCAACUCGACGAUGCACAACCUCAUGGAACUCGUUCGCGUCCGAAACCUGUGCGGCACAUUCUGCUUUUCGAUGCAGUUUGUCGUAUUCAUGGACUUGAUCGGAACGACCGUCUUGCCAAUCGCCAUUAUCCUCACCUAUGUCCUAAUCGUCACCUUGGCGCUCGACCCUCCCAACACGUUUGAAAAGGCGAUUCCGCUCAUUUUGCUGUGCACGGUCAUUGGUCUUCCUGCGUUCUUGAUCUUGAUCACGACGCGCAAGGUCGUGUAUGUGUUUUGGAUGGGGAUUUACCUUUUGGCGCUGCCGAUCUGGAAUUUGGUCCUUCCUGUCUAUGCGUAUUGGCAUUUCGAUGAUUUCUCGUGGGGUGAAACACGAAAAGUCGAGGGUGAAGGUAAAGAUACAGGACACGGCGAUGGCGGAGGUGUAGCAACCCAAGUACCGCUCCGUCGGUGGGAAGACUGGGAACGAUCCCGCCUGCGCAAGCUCAAGCGCGAGGAAAAGCGACGACGGGAGAUGGAACGCGCGUACGCCAACUAUCCGGGCAACACCCUGCGCGCGGAGAAUACCGAAUACUACGACGGCGCGAGCGACACGGUCUCGGUCGUGUCGUCGGAAGACGACCAGUGGGGCCACCAGAUUGGCGGGUACAACGAGGCGAGUUCGCAGUACCCGCCGCCGCCCAACACGCUCCGCCGCCUCGACAUGGGCUCGGACUCGGGCCUGGACUCGCCUGCGCCCGGCGUGCGCUACCAGCUCGCGGACUCGAAUGGGUAUUCGCCUGUGAUGAGGGGCGAACCUGGCACGCCCAUCGCGGAUGGCCAGAGCAGCGCGCUGUACGAGCGCGGACAUGCCAAGCGACGGAGCGGGAAUCGGCACCCCGAUGGCGAGUACGGUCCUCUCGGCCCACUCGGACCCCCUCGAUAG